AAGGUUCACCAGCUAGGUAGGGUGCUUUCUCCUCCUCCUUGCCCUGCCCUGUCCUGACACAUGGACAAAUGAACAUCUAGCAAUUCCCCUCUAGGACUGCAGCAGCAAAGAUGAUGGAGAUCACGGAGCUCCAGAAGAUUGGUGUGGGACUUGUGGGCUUUGGAGCAUUUUUCCUUCUUUUUGGAAUGCUGUUGUACAUGGACUCAGUGCUGCUCGCAUUUGGAAAUAUCUUGUUCCUGUCUGGUCUGGCCAUUAUCAUUGGACUAAAGAGGACUUUUGGCUUCUUCUUCCAAAAGCAAAAGCUUAAAGGAACCUCUUUCUUUUUGGGAGGCAUACUUAUUGUCUUGCUCAAGUGGCCUGUCCUGGGCAUGCUGCUGGAGACCUAUGGCUUCAUUAACCUCUUCAGGAACUUCUUCCCAAUAGCCUUUGGAUUUCUGGGAUCAUUGGUGAACAUCCCAUUUUUGAGCAAGCUGUUCCAGAAACUUGGAGACACCAGUUCCAUGGUAUAGCCUAGAUGGACAGCCUCCAGAGAAAGAUAACAUCACCUUCUGCAAGCAAACUCACCUUUUUAUGCAGCUUUUUGUGUUUGCAAUGAUUUAUCCCUGGGCUCCUGAGAACUGCCAUGGGCACCCCAGACAAAAACACUUUCUGAAGUCCCUUCCAAUCCACACAUCACAUGAAAGUAAUUUUCAUGAUGUCCCCAGCUCCACAGGUCCCUUCUACAGCGACCAUGUCCCCAAGAAUUUUGUUGCCCUAUUACCUCCUCAUGGAAGCCACGGCCCAUUUCAUACAUUUUAAAGCCCAGUGUAAUCAGCAAUGGGAACAUUUGGCAAGCUCAUAGCACAGCAGGAAUUAUAAGGAUAUAUAAAUUGUAUUUCUAUGCACAAGUGAUUACAUGAGUGACAAGGGCUACAUCAACAGCCUUGUAUAUACACACACUACAAUGAGCAUAGGUUCAAUGAGCAUCAAAACAUGGCAUGCCCUCUAAUAAUAAUAAUAAUAAAAUUUUAUUUAUAUCCCAUCCUCCCCGCCGAGGCGGGCUCAGGGCGGCUAACAACAUUUCAUAAAAUUACACAGUGGUACAAGGGCCUCCUAAAGAUAAAUCCAACAUUUAGGAUUCUCUUGUCAAAUUGUUCCCAGUUUCCAAACAGAUAACAUCAGUUUGGAACUGUCAUCUUUCAAUCAUCUGCAGCUGAAUGAAUUAGCAAGGUUACUCACAUUUGGUUAUUUCAUUGGCAAGGUAUAUGCACAGAUUUCUAUUGUCACUUUUAGCCCCAGGUCAAAGUGAGAUGUAAAAGUUUCUGAAGCUCUUCAAAAACUUGCAAAACUGGGUUAUCAGAGGUACCCUAGUGGGUAAAUUUAUCCCAAGGUUAACAUUGCAUCCUUCCCACUGUUUCAAGAAUCUCUGAAACAACUAGCAUGUAUCUCCAACUACAGGAUAAAAUCAUGGUGCCUUACUAAAUUACAGGGUCUAACUUAAGUAAUUUCUCAGCAUCCAGUUCAAGGGACAAGGCAACCCAUGCGAAGACACCUUCACAAUUUGACUUUCUUCUCCUGUCAAAUUCAGUCAUAGGCCUGGUUGUAAAAUCAACUGAAAGACUAGGAAAUAAAUUCCCAACAAACAAGAUUGUAUUGUCGAGCUAUGCAGGGAGAGGUAUUGGGAAAGUUUCUCACAAUGACUUGUAGAAACUGUACUUUGGAUCAAUGUCUAUUACAAAACAACAACCAGCACCACAUAUGACUUUCCAUCACUGCAACUAUUUUUGUGUACUUUUUAUUUUUAUGUAUUUAAUAUAUAAAAUAAAUUCUGUUUAUCAAAAUGUCAUAUUUGUAAAAUAAAUUACAUGAAACAAAAGAUAGUUUUUGCAAAACUCAAA